UAAAAAGUAAACGUGCAGAGGAGAUUGCAUAUAAUUUACUUGACAUUUACACGACCUUUGGCGCACCAGCUAUUUUGCAGUCAGAUAAUGGUCGUGAAUUCGUAAAUUCCACUAUAACUGAACUACACAAUAUGUGGGAAGACGUCAAAAUUGUUCACGGUAAACCGAGGCACAGCCAGAGCCAAGGUUCUGUGGAACGAGCAAAUAGAGAUGUAGAGGAUAUGUUGGCUACGUGGAUGGCAGAAAAAAAUAGUACAGAUUGGCCCUCUGGUUUGAAAUUUAUUCAGUUUCAGAAAAACCGAGCUCUUCAUUCAGGUAUUGGAAGAUCUCCUUAUGAGGCCAUGUUUGGCUGUACUGCCAGAACAGGACUAUUAUCGAUUGGUCUACCAAAUGAUGAAAUAAAUUCAUUAAAAACAGAAGAAGAUAUAGAAGAAUUGUUUAAUCAAAUGCAAGAAACUGGAUUACAUGAUUCAACACAAAAUAUUGAAGAAAUUGUUUCACCAAUUGCAGAGAAGCAAGAAAAUAUGAUAUGA